AUGUUCUCAUCUACUGUGGUUUUCCAGUUUCUUCGGAUCAAAGAUUCUGAUAUUGUUGUGUUCUCUAUUGGUGCAAUUGUUCUCUGGGGAAUCGAAUUCUUUCUUGCUUUUGCUCAGAGUGUUCGUCCGGGUUUAUGCAUCUUGCGAACUUGUCUCUACAUCGUUUUCCACGCGGCACAACUCAUAUUCAUCUUCAAAAGCCAACGAAUUAUUUUCCAUUGCGAUCGGCUUCUGGUAUUCUUUGGGUUGGCUCAUACAAUAGCUGUGAAUCUAUGGAUCUGGGUGUCACUGUGCAUUGCUAAAUCAGGAAUUUCAAACAAUAACAAUGACGUGUACCACAUAAAUUAUGAUCGGUCAUCUGGAUGGAUUUUGCAUGCCACAGAGCCACCAACAGUUGUUGACAUUAUUUUUGAAAGACAUGAGAAACAACUUCGAGCUGUUAAAUUAUUCGGAAAUACUGCAAUCACUCUUCUAACAGGAAACGUGGAGUUUUGUCUCAUUGCUGUAGGAGUCUGUCUGAGUUUAUUCUAUACGGUUGCAUUCAGCGAAGAAACUCAUAACCAUCGAAAAGCUCAUUACAUUGGGUUUGACUAUAGGAACACGGGAGUCAGCAUGGUACUUGGAUACAUAAUGAUCAUUCUUCUGUGUCUGAGUAUCGCUUUCGGAGAUAUUCUCAGGAACAGCCAGUACGAUAAAGCAGCUGGAAUGAUAAUGGGAAUUUUUGGCUUGUCGUAUUAUCUUAUUUCAAUCGUUGUUUGUCUAAUUGUGUAUCACUGCCUAUUCGCUCAUAUCGCGAGAAAUCAAGACUUUGUGAUCUCUCCGAAUCGAGAUGCGAUGUCUCACGAGAAAACAAUCAAUGUAAUAUUCCUGAUGGUGGGAGCGAGUGGAGAAGUUUUAUAUUGUUCAAUGGGACUUCUUGGAGUUAUACGAGGAGAUUCAUUAUCAGAUGACAAAGGACUUGUGUUGGGUACUUUCGUAAUUCGAGCGAUUGAAGUUAUUCUUCAAGCUCUUCUCCUUUUUUAUCUCCUGAAAAAGGGAAGUAUUAUUGAGCCCUGUGAUACUAUUGGAAAACAAUCAAUCACAUUUUUGAUCAUAUUUAAUAUGAUAUUGUUUGGAUUCCACACACUCGAAGAUCCCAAAACCCGUACAUCUUCCAUGAGGUCUACUCCGAACUCUCAGCCUGAUUUAUCAGUAAACACCACUGCUCAUGCUCUCACUUCUACUUCAACUCAACUUUCUGCUGAAGCUUUAGUUGAUUCUGACUUUUUGGAGACUUCUAAUGACUAUACGGAUAUUAAUCAGAUUCUUUCAACUCAUUCAUGA